AUGGCGAUAAGUGCCGUGAUCAGGAAAAAAUUGACUUUACAAAGUGCGGCCAAAGAAUAUGGCGUGCCGCUGUCAACACAAAUGGACCGGUUGAAGGCCCCAGCGAUGGUUUCUGAAGGCCGUGGGCGUCACAGGGACCUCACUGACGAAGAAAAGGCCGCUCUUGCCAGACAUCUGAGAUACAUGGCUGGACAGGGGUUACUGGCGAGCCGUAAAGUGUUGAAGUCUAAAGUUAAAGACAUAAUAAAUGCAUCUGCUGUCAGAUCGGUUAGCGGAGAACAUGAGUGCAUCAGCGCGAGGGCAGCGAUGUCCACUCAGGAUGUCAUAGACGAAUUAUUUGACUUGUUUGAAGCAGUUUUGGACAAACAUGGACUGAAAGACAAACCUGGACAGAUAUUCAACUUCGACGAAACGGGCUGGACUGGUAAAGAAAAGUCUACACGGCGUGUUAUCGCUUCGACAGAUUCCAACCAUGUGAUUAAGAGGAAGACGUCCGUGAAUGGUAACAUCGCCGCUCAAGUGUGCGUCAGCGGCAGUUGCAGAUUUCUUCCAACAAUGGUAGUGUACAAACGAUGUCUCCCCCAUACAGAGAUCGAGGAUGUGCCAGACUCGUAUUUUUUCGCGGCCAAUGAGACUGGUUACGUGAACGGCGACUUAUUCCACAAGUGGUUUACCCACUUAUUCGUCCCGCACUGUGACAAUGCACGACCAGUCUUAUUGGACAUGGAAAACCACAAAAGCAACGUGACGUUAUCUACGAUUGAAGAGGCCAUAACAAAUGAUAUUGUGUUGGUGGAAUUGCCCGGCAACACCAAACACAUGCUCCAGCUGUUAGAUGUUAAGAUAAUUGGACCUCUAAAAUCCAGAGUGGACACCAUCUGCUCCAGCCUUCCAUACGCCAGAAAGUGGUUACUGGUCACCAAGGCGAAGUUUCCUGCGGCGUUGAGGCACGCAAUGGACCAGGCAACCCCGGCUUCCGUACAGAAUGCGUUUGCUGCGUUUGCUUUAUCGGGUCUGUAUCCAGUCAAUCGCGGAGCUAUCAACACGUCACAACUGGCGGCUCCGUCAUUCGUCCCGACAAACACGCGCCAACAUUCGUUGCUGAGACGUGUCCAACGUGCGGGAAUUAUUUUUAAAAAAAAAACACUGUUUGAGAUGGGCAUUGUUCCCGCACGGUUGGGCAACAUCCUGGCCCCAACUCCAGGGGCAUCAAUGGAGAAGAAAAAGGCAUCAACACAAAAUCUGCAGAAAGGCCGAGUUUUGACUUCAAGACAGAUUGUUGACGAACUGAGAGAAAAAGAAAGACAGGAGAAAGAGAAGAGAGACGGUAUUGAGAUGAGAAGAAGCAAAGCUGAGGAUAGAAAGCAAAAGAAAGAACAAGAGCGUGUUCAAAAGGAGCAAAUAAAAACGGAAAGACUGGAGAAGAUACGACAGAGAGAAGAGGAGGCUGCAGAACGCAAACGGGCACGAGUGGAGGCCGUGGCAGAGGCGGCUGCUACGGCAUAUUUAUGCGCCAAGUGUGGGGAGAGAGGACGUGUAGACGAUGAAGAGAGGGGUGUUGAGUGGCAUGGGUGUGACGGGUGUGAAUGCUGGUAUCAUGGUGGGUGUCUGACGCAGAAUGAGCCGAUGAUGGCGGUGACAAGUUUGUAUGAUGGGGAGGAAUCAACAUGUAACAGGUGUUAUCCUUGGGAUUAUGAAGAAGGAGGUACAUUCGUUCCCGUCUUCCCGUUCCCUAGUUUCUGUGCCCUUAGUUAUCGUAUCUCGUAA